GAAGAAAAAAGACUUCUCCCUCUUUCCCCUGUUCUCUCUCUGACUUCCCACACCACACCACUCACUUUCUCUCUCCUUCUCUCCAUGUCUUCUUUCUUACAUCAAACGUAGAUUUUCUUUUUUCUUUUUUAAUCUUUACCCGAGUUUUACUCUCGCAAACUGGUUUAUUUGGGGAAGUUUGAUUUGGGAAAUGAACAAAGGACAGUCACCGGAGCCUCUUGAUUUCUUCAUCUGGACUGUUGAGGAUGUUGGCUUGUGGUUGGAGACUAUAAAUCUUGGUAGUUACCGCCAAAUUUUUAAAGAAAAUGGUGUUAAUGGAGAAUACCUGGAGGGCAUGUCCAUGUUUACGACUGAACAGAUCCUACGUUUUAUAAGACGUUGCCACAUGAAGUGGGGAGACUUCAUCACAUUGUGCAAAGAAUUGAGACGGAUUAAAGUGGCUUGUCUGAAAGGGGAGCAGAAGGUGCGGCGGCCAUGGUGGGCACCGGCAUGCCUAUCCACAGUGUUCUUAAAGGUUGCAAAAUCCAACAGACAAUCAAGAGUUGUUUCCUUGAAGCUGGAACCAUGAUACAAAAAAUCUCUCCAACUGUACCAGUGUACGUAUAGCAAAUUUCUUUUUGCCUAGAAAACAAAAGAUAGGAAAGAACUUUUUCUAGCCCUUUUUUAUAUAUAUAUUUUUGUUUUCUUUGGAUUCCAAAACCUGGUUGUUUUUUCUCCUCUGGAGAACUGUUAUGUUGUAGAAGAUCCUUGUGCACUAAUUUCCAGUGCUGUGUAAUUAUGUAUUCUAUUAUAUGUGAACGAAAAUACUAUAUAUGCCGUUUCUCUUCA